ACUAAACUUUGACAAGUACACCUCAAGGGGUCUCUGCCAGACAGGGGCGAGGAGGAGUUCAGCUCCAUAAUAAAAAAGUUCAACUUUGAGCCAUGUAAUUGGUUCAGAACAUUUCACAGGAAAAUACAAUGGUUAUUGAUGCCAAAUUUUCACCCGCUAUAAAUACUAAGUCAUAGAAAUCGCGCUGCUUUUCCCGUUCCUUGCAAUUUACUUGAUAAAUUAGGUUUAUCUUUUCUUACCUGACGACAACAUGAGCGCUUCAGUGGCCGUUUACAGAAAUAUAUACACCGAGGAUCGCUUCAAGCAGUCAUACGGUACCGGGGACAAGAAAAGCGGGAACGAAAGGAUCUGGGACAAACUGGCCAAACAGUGCAGGUGUUCCCAGCCUACAUUCCUUCACCUGUUGAGAGAGCGAGUGCCCAUUUUCAACUGGCUGCCAAAGUACAGGCUAAAGAAAUGGAUAUUAGGAGAUACGAUAGCGGGAAUUACAGUUGGUAUACUGCAUAUACCUCAAGGGAUGGCCUUUGCUUUGCUGACAUCUGUAGCUCCAAUCUAUGGCCUGUACACCUCUUUCUUCCCCGUUGUUCUCUACAUGAUCUUCGGCACUGGCCGCCAUAUCUCCACAGGUACCUUUGCUGUGGUGAGUCUGAUGACGGGCUCAGUGGUGGAACAGCUUGUUCCAACUCCUGUGGAUCUGAAUUCCAGCAGCGCUGAAAUGGUGGACAUUGAAGUGCAGAGGAUUGGUGUGGCGUCAGCUGUGGCUUUCCUAUCUGGGAUCAUGAUGAUAUGCAUGUUCAGCCUGCAGCUGGGGUUCCUUUCGACCUACCUGUCAGAACCAAUCGUCAAAGCCUUCACGAGUGCUGCCGCCUUCCAUGUCACCAUCUCACAGCUGCAGAGCAUGCUGGGACUGCGGCUACCUCGCCACACUGGUCCAUUCUCCCUGUUCAAGACCCUAGCCUCUGUUCUGGAGAACCUUCCCCACACAAACUUGGCUGAGUUGCUAAUCUCUGUGGUCUGCCUGGCUGUCCUGGUGCCAAUCAAAGAGGUCAACACACGCUUUCGCCAGCGCCUGCGUACGCCUAUUCCUGUGGAGAUCCUCACCGUCAUCAUUGCCACAGGAGUGGCCUAUGGGUCAUCUCUGGACUCGAGAUAUGAGGUCCAGAUGGUGGGCUAUAUCCCAGCUGGCUUCCCUCGACCUCGAAUGCCAGCCCUGCAAAUGCUGCCCGAAGUGGCUGGGGACACAGUGGCUAUCACCUUCGUGGGCUACGCCGUGUCUGUCUCGCUGGCCAUGAUCUACGCAGACAAGCACGGCUACUCCAUACAUCCCAACCAGGAGCUGCUGGCCCAUGGCAUUUCAAAUACUGUGUCCUCCCUCUUCACCUGCUUCCCCAGCUCAGCCACGCUGGCCACUACUAACAUUCUGGAGAGCGCAGGGGGGUUCACGCAGCUGUCAGGUCUCUUCACCAGCCUUGUGGUUCUUGUUGUGCUUCUUUUGAUUGGACCUCUUUUCUACUUCCUUCCUAAGGCAGUUCUGGCAUGUAUAAAUGUCACCAGCCUGAGGCAGAUGUUCCUGCAGUUCCGGGACCUCCCGGAUCUAUGGAGGGUGAGCAAGAUGGACUUUGUGGUGUGGCUGGUGACCUGGCUCUCUGUGGUUGUCCUCAACGUUGACCUGGGUCUGGCCAUCGGUGUUGUCUUCUCUAUGAUGACCGUCAUCUGUCGCACACAGAGGGCUGACUGCUCAGUGCUAGGCCGAGCUUCCAAUACGGAGAUAUACAGACCGAUCGAGAAGCACAGCAAGUGCUAUGAGAUCCCCGGGGUGAAGAUCCUCACCUACAAUGGGCCCAUCUACUAUGGAAACCGCACCUUCUUCAGAGAGGCUGUAACCCGUCUGCUGGGCCUUACCCCAGAGAGGAUCCGGAGCCGAGAGAAGAUCCGGAAAGAACAGGAGAGGAAGGAGAGAGAGGCCAUUACCACUGUGGAUGCAGGAGUGGCAAACACAUCAUUUUCUUCUGAAAAUGAGUUUAUUAAAUCUGAAACCAGUAGCAGUGAAAUCCAGGCAGUACUCAUCGAUUGUAGCAGUGUGAUCUUCGUUGAUGUGGCCGGAGCCAGACUUUUCAUUCAGGUGUGCAUAGAGUGUCAGAAGGUAGGAGUGCGGAUAUACCUGUCAAAUUGCAAUGAGAGUGUCCUAAAGAUUCUGACUUCCAGCGGCCUGAUGAACUACAUGAACCCACAGCACAUUUUUGUCACGGUCCAUGAUGCAGUGGUCUACAUCCAGCAACAGAAGGAGAAGCCGACAGAGAACACAAACACUGUGUGGGUGUGAGGCGGUGCCUGCCUCGCUGGGGCAGAUACCGUCAGUGCUCAGGAAGAGAGAGAUCACAAAUGUUUUGGGAGGGAAUCGCUCCUGGGGGUGGGAGGACAAGAGGUGGGGUGGUCUGACUAUGUGCAUGUUCUGUUUCCCUUACUGUGUGCUCCUGCACUGAGGGAAUUGCAUAAGUUUGCAUUCUUGUGAACUCACAGCGCUCGAUAAGGCCAGCACAGCUACAUACUGCAUUGGUUGAAAUAGACUGUUGAAAUGGUAACCAUUAAAGGACUACAUUCUCCAUGGCACCUCUGUGACAGCCUACACCAUGCUGCCUGACCCAAAAAAUAUUUUCCUUUCCUUCAGUCUGAACAGGUGCCUUAGUUCUCCUGUUUGUGAGAUGAAGCAUCUUAUCACAUUAAUUCUGGUAUGUUUGUGACUUUGGACCUUAACCUAUGUGAAAAAGUAAUAUGGCUCAAUAUUGUUAAAGUAUGACAUCUUCAAGUCACUCCAUGUCACCUCUAGUCAUAUCUACCACAACUAUAAGUAAACUGGUGUGGGACAGAGCACACAGAGACACAUACAGUACAUGCAAGAAUGCAUUCACAUGCAUAUAUACUCCAGCACAAAACCACACUACAAGAAAUGAAGCCCAGAAACACAGAGAUAUACUCAGACAAGCACUUUUUAAUGCACACACUCACACCCUUGGGUAAUAUUCUCCAAUGAUUAGGGUUACAAAUAUGUAGCAAUUCCUGAUCAGGUCUUCUUCUUAUUCCUAUCAUGUUGUGGAGUUUGUAACCACACUGGCAUCAGUAAAGGUGUAGUAAGCUGACAAAUUCUAUUU